UUUUUUGUGCACGCUUGUACUCAAAUGUCUUGCCCACCUCUCUACAAACCCCUCGAGUGGUACAUUCUUGCUCGGGAAGCACCUUCUGACCUUUGGAUUCCGGGCAUAUUUUCAUUCACCUUUCGGGUAAAACAGGUCAAAAUGGCGGCCAGCGGGGACGACCGUGUCGAAUAUUUCAGGUACAAGGGGAUUUCUCUCCCUAGAUACCUUGUUUCUGAAGACAUGGACGCCAUUCGGGACUUCGCCAUCCGAGACGAUGACGUCUUUAUUAUCACGUAUCCCAAGUCAGGGACGGCUUGGCUACAGCGUAUUGUUUCUUUGUUGCGGUUUGGCGGUGACGUGUCCAAAACUGACCAGAAAGAACAAGACGAACUGGUGCCUUACUUUGAACAGAAGUGUGAAGAAAGCGUCCCCUUUCGGGAACUACCGGAAGCGCCUUCACCAAGAUUGAUCAAAAGUCAUCUUCACAUGUUUCUAGCUCCGUUACAACUGAAGCAAGGUAAAGGAAAGGUUAUCUACGUCGCCAGGAACCCAAAAGACCUUGCAGUGUCCUACUAUCACUUCCACUUUCUGUGUACAACUAUCAAGACCCCCACAUCCUGGGAACAGUUUCUACAGGAAUUUGUAAGCGGAGAAGUGUGUACUGGGCCAUGGCACAACCACGUGCUGGGUUGGUGGGAACAGAAGGACAACCCAAACGUGCUGUUUCUGAAGUACGAGGACCUACAGAAGAACACCCGGAAGCAGGUGGAGAAAGUGGCAGAAUUCCUGCAGUGGCCCGUGACCCCGGAAGUGAUUGACAAGGUCGUUGAACAGAGCACAUUCCAGAACAUGGCCACAAACCCUAACACGAACAAAGUUUCAGGGAAGGAGGCCAAAGCAGGGAUAUUCGACUCCUCCAAGGGAACUUUCUUUAGAAAAGGUGUAGUUGGUGACUGGAAGUCUCACUUCAGUGACGAACAGAGCCAAUGGUUUGACAACUUCUACCAGGAGAAACUGGGACCAACUGGACUUCACUUUGACUUUGAAUGAUAGACGGAACAAAAUACGUUACAGCAUUUGCCAAAUAAAAGACUAUGUAAGGAACCUGA